GUUAGAAUAAUAGAAUUUUUCAAUUUCAAAUUUCAUUCAUUUCAUUCGCAUUCGCCUAGCCUUGCUUGCAGUCUUAAGUCUUACACACAAGAAAAGUCGAAGUUGACUAUAUAAGCAUUACUACAUUAGCAUUCUUUAAGUUACUUCAGGAGUGUCAGAAGCAGGGAUGUCGCAAGGCCCGAAUUCCGCGGCUCAAGCUAGUGGAAUGGAAGUGGUUGUGGGGGAUGUAGAUCCUGAUUUUAUCACCUUUUUGUUUGAUCCUGCAGAAGAGUACAACUGCUACUUCAUAGUGGGAAACCCAGAAGUUGGAGACACGGAGAGGAUUGGUGUGGUGAAAAAGAUGCUUCUAGCCCACUCUGUGGUUUUCAGGGCAGAACUACAGAAUUCAAAGAUUGCUGAAAAAAAUGAUGUUAAACUACUUGAUGUCUUCCCCCAAACUUUUAAGAACUUACUAAGAUUUGUCUACGGCUACGAUAACACUCAAAAUUUGAGCUUUGAUGAAGCAGACAACUUGUUGUACGUUGCAAACAAAUAUUUGAUGUCCAAGUUAAAAAAUAGGCUAGCAAUACGCCUUAUGUCGUUGUUGAACGUCACCAACAUCUGCAGCCUUAUGAAUAAUCCCGCUUGUUACACCGUUCUCGAGCUAAACUCUAGGAUUAAUAAGAUACUCCAGACGGAAACAGACAAGGUUCUGGCUAGUCCUCUGUUUCCUGACCUGUCUCCCCUCGGCUUUCUAACAAUCCUGCAACAGGAGAUGUGCAACGUACCUGAAAUUGACCUUUGGACCUCUGCCAUUGAAUGGGCUAGGCAUAGAGUUUCAGGAGAGUUGAAAAAUGGAGAAGUCUUGAGGGAAGAGUUAAAUGACCAUCUAAAACACAUUCGAAUCUGUACAUUGUCUGGCCAAGAUUUGAUGACUCAAGUGGUACCUUUCGAAGUGCUUACGUAUGGUGAACUCAAGUUGAUUGGUGAAACUCAGAGAACUGAGAAAGUACAGCCUGGUUUGACAUCAGUCUGCAACAAGAUUGUUAAGAGGGAAGGACCGUUGUCAGAAUUGAUGGAACAAAGAUUGAACCUACCUAAUUGCAAUGGUAGCGUUAGUCGAUCGCUAAUAACUAUCAAUACUAAAGCAGUCACAAUAGAGUUGUGCUCAGUAAAGCUUUGCAGCUCCAGUACAAAUCAACACCUAUGCAACUGCAAUAUAACAAUACGAAAUAGGAGAGAACCCCCUACUGAAGUGAGAUAUCAAGGACUGAUCGAUGGAGCUUCCAACAGGGACAUUCCAAUUAUUGUUGAUGACACGAGAAAUGUGCGUUUGUCUCCAAAUUCAACAUAUUCAGUCAAAUUCGUAUUUUCUUGUGGACAGACUCAUAACCAUUACUCUGGGAGGUCAGGAGUAGAAAAUGGGAAUCACCUUGACAUUCCAUACCGUUAUUCUAAUUUUGGAUACUAUUCUUUUCCUAUAGACACAAUAUGUUACAAAACAGUACGGACAGGACAAUGAUGAACAAUGGUGAUCUCUGAGGGGUAAACAACUUGACAAUGUCGAAGAAAUGUUUUUAUGUGUCAUUUAUAUCAGUGGACAGAAUAUUCAGAAACAUCCAACACAAAAAAAGUGAUAUAUUCCUAUACUUUAUUUGAUAAUAUCUUGUGUAAUAUGAUCAAAAAAUAGUUUAUUAAUUAAGAAAAAAGUCUUCUUACAUUUUAAGUGACAUUAUUUAGUUUUUCAUCAAUUUGACAAAACUUGUAUUCUUGCUACAACACAAUUUUACUCUCGAUGUUUAUUCUAGAAUCACAGAAACUAUUUUUUAAGACUAAAGUGUUCCUUUUGGAAAACCCGGCAGCCAGUAGGGACAAGCAUCGAUAGUCAAUGUUUUUUACAUCGAUGGUAAGUUACCGAUGUUUUGGUCCAAGUAUUGAAAUAUUGAUAUUUUCCACAACUGAAUUGUAUUAUAGUUUUGUUAAAAAAUGUAAAUGUUGGUCCUAGAAAUUGAUUUUUUUUAUAUUCAUUCUAUUGAAAGUUUUAUGAAAUAUCACAUCCAAAAAUAUCAUGAACUGGACUAGACUUAAGACAAGUGUAGAGUGAGUGAGUGAGAUAACUAUCUAAAUAAACACAUUUGAGAGA